AUGUGCAACAUAAAUCCAAGUGUUUGGAGCAAAGGUAUGUAUUCUCCCAGCAACAUUUGCCUCGACGGCUGCACUGCAGAGCAUCUCUCCUCCUUUCAACCUGACCCAGUGCCGUCAGAUUCAGACGUGUCAGGUGCUUCUGUGACCUUACACAAAGACAGUGAGAAAAUAAACAUGCUGCCGGAGAGUGCUUAUUACAGCAGAGGUGAUGCUGGUUCGAGUUGGAUUCAUUCCAACCAGCUGGAGCUCAAUCCAUCCAGAGACUCAGUACUUUUAUCCACAAAAAGGCAUCCAUCCAGUUAUUGUGGUCACCACGACUGGAACUUAAACAGUGGCCAUCAAGCAAAGCGUGCCAGAGUAGAAAAUAUCAUCAAAGGCAUGACCGGCUCCCCCGGUAUGCACUGCACAGAUGUGACGACGAAUCAGCAUGAGGUGUCAGACGGCAUGCAGGAAAAUGAAAGGACUCAAGAACUUCCUUUACAUCAAGAGAGAAGCGGAUCCGGCAGUGCGAGAAAGCAGCUUGAGAGUCAGCAUGAGCACCUCAGACACCUCAGAACAAGGUUCAACCACGUGGACGGAGUAACUGACCCCACCGACAGUAGUAACGAAGACAAAUAUCCCACCUGGGACAAUUCUCCUGAAACAUCUCUUAGGGACGCUUGUAUGGAUUCAUUCGGCGAGUUCGAGAGCAGCUCAAGUAGAAAAUAUCAAGGAUGGAAGAAGGUGAAGCUUAUGAGCUACUUCCAGUCCAAACCUGAGAGAAUAAGGCUAAUGGCGGAUGUUUUAAAGUACGAACUGUCCAGAGCUGUCAGCAGGAGCGUCGACUCCAUUUUCAAAAGCAUGCCGCUUCUGCAGACUUCGCCAGACGACGAGGGGAAUGUAGAGAGCAAUAGUUCCCCUCAGUCACCGGUUUGCAAAGACAAAGUCAGACUUUUGUGUCGCGGGACUGAAGAGGUGCAAGUGCCGGACGUUCAAACUGAAGCUCUGUCUCUGGUUGUGCAAAAGCCUCGACUGGACAGAGCUGACAAGUUCAUCCUGCAGUCCAGAUCAAGAGCUCACCAUCGUCUCAAACCUCUGACCCCCUUGGGUUAUGACUCCGCUCUGAGUGAAGAAGAGCCGUCAGAGAAGAACACUGCUCGUCAACACGCCCUUAGGUGCUUGCAAGAUGGAUGCUCAGACAUUGAUCAGGCCAAGUACGAGACGUUUGACGCUCAUUGGAAUUCGGUCAAAGUGAGAUCGAAGGUCAACUCCAGAUCAGUCAGAAGCCCACAGACUCGUACUGUGUCAGUGGAUCCUCUGCUUUUGCAAAGCCUUUGUCUCCCUCAUGUCAAGAUCGAGUCCGAUAGCCUGGUGAAGAAUAACCUGUACAUGCUGAAUGAAGGUCUGACCACAAAUCAUCUGAAGAAGGCAAAGCUUAUGUUCUUCUACACUCGCUACCCAAGCUCACUGGUACUGAAGAUGUGUUUCCACGAUGUGCAGUUCACGCGCUGCAUCACCUCUCAGCUCAUCAAGUGGUUCAGUAACUUCAGGGAGUUUUACUACAUCCAGAUGGAGAAGUUUGCCAGACACGCUCUCAUAGAAGGAGUGGCUGACGUGAGGGGUCUGACUGUGGGGAGAGAAUCAGAACUUUUCAGAGCUCUCAACAUGCACUACAACAAAGCCAAUGACUUCCAGGUCCCUGACAGAUUCCUGGAAGUUGUCGAGGUCACACUGAGAGAAUUUUACAUCGCCAUUUCAGUGGGCAAGGAUCGUGAUCCAUCGUGGAAGAAAGCGAUAUACAAGGUGAUUUGUAAACUGGACAGUGACGUACCCGCUGAAUUCAAAAGUCAUCACUCUGGAUGA